GGACCUUUGUGUAGAAGAGAGAGCAUCAUGGUGGCCUUCAAAGGGGUCUGGACUCAAGCUUUCUGGAAGGCAGUCACAGCGGAAUUUCUGGCCAUGCUUAUCUUUGUUCUCCUCAGCCUGGGAUCCACCAUCAACUGGGGUGGAACGGAAAAGCCCUUACCUGUCGACAUGGUUCUCAUCUCCCUUUGCUUUGGGCUCAGCAUUGCAACUAUGGUACAGUGCUUUGGCCACAUCAGCGGUGGCCACAUCAACCCUGCUGUGACAGUGGCCAUGGUGUGCACCAGGAAGAUUAGCAUCGCCAAGUCUGUCUUCUACGUCGCCGCACAGUGCCUGGGCGCCAUCAUCGGAGCUGGGAUUCUCUACCUCGUCACACCUCCCAGUGUGGUGGGGGGCUUGGGGGUCACCACGGUUCAUGGAAGUCUUUCUGCUGGUCACGGUCUCCUGGUGGAGUUGAUAAUCACAUUUCAGCUGGUGUUUACUAUUUUUGCCAGCUGUGAUUCCAAACGGACUGAUGUCACUGGUUCAGUAGCUUUAGCAAUUGGAUUUUCUGUGGCAAUUGGACAUUUAUUUGCAAUCAAUUACACUGGUGCCAGCAUGAACCCUGCCAGAUCCUUUGGACCUGCGGUUAUCAUGGGAAAUUGGGAAAACCACUGGAUAUAUUGGGUUGGACCAAUAAUAGGAGCUGUCCUCGCCGGUGGGCUUUACGAGUAUGUCUUCUGUCCAGAUGUUGAACUCAAACGUCGUUUUAAAGAAGCCUUCAGCAAAGCUGCCCAGCAAACAAAGGGGAGUUACAUGGAAGUGGAGGACAACAGGAGUCAGGUAGAGACUGAUGACCUGAUCCUAAAACCUGGAGUAGUGCACGUGAUUGACAUUGACCGGGGAGAGGAGAAGAAGGGGAAAGACCCGUCCGGAGAGGUGUUGUCUUCAGUAUGACUAGAAGAUGGCACUGAAAGCAGACAAGAACACUUAGAACUGUCCUCAGAUUUCCUUCCACCCAUUAAGGAAACAGAUUUGUUAUAAAUUAGACAUGCGCAGGGUCAUUGUUUCUUGCCUCAUUAUUCAGUCUAGACAAGAAAUGUUUCACUAUUCUACCAAGGAGGAAUGGAAGAAACCUAUUGUGAAUUCCAAAUCUAAAAAAAGAGGUCUUUUUAAAGUGUCCCCAAAGCAAAUAGGCAUCUAGUUUAUCUUGUUGCCAUUCAUUAAUUAUCAGUUUAAAAUGAGUAUCAAGAUUUGGUUAAGUCUUGCCUGACAGAACUUAUAGACAUACCUAUCAGCUUAUUCCUCCUCUACCAUGAAACCGGUAUUCGUCAAUCCUCGUCUGAGUGUUUUUUCCAGUACGCCAAAACAAUGUGCCACAGAAUUGUGCACAUUCAACAGAGGAAAUAUAACAAGCUCUUUUGUGGGCAGCCCCCUCUUAAAAACUACCUCGGCGAAAGAAUAUUAACAAGGGUCAUUGCUAAUGAAUUAUUUCCAUUUAUAUUUCAAAUACCCAGCUUUCAACCUGAACUCUAAUUCAUAAUAUUCCUUCCUCUUCUUCAGUGCCCAGGGUAAUGUGGAAAGCCCAGAAAUUUGAGGAAUGUUCGGAAACCCUUUAUAUUUUUUAGUUUUUUCUAAUAAAAUAUCCAAAUCGUAAGAAAUACCUAUUAAGAUUCAGGACAAACAGACUCAUAAGAUCUUAUGCGAGUGGAGGAAAAAUUACCAUUAUAAAAAAAUCAUAAGGAAAGAGGCAAUCCAUAUUCUGGAAUCAAAGAGUUGAUCUGUUUUCAGUGCACAUCCUCAAAUACACCA